AUGGAAUUAGAAGAAGAAACUAUCUUUACUGUUAUGGAUCUUUGUAAAUUUGGAGUUAAACAAGAAAUUCAAGCACAGUAUGGAUAUGGUGAACGUGUCAGGAAAGAAAGAUCUCAGAUUUCAUUCCACUGCAAAUAUCCAAAAUGUCCUGCACAUUUUAAUGUUGCAAUCUUGGAUCAAAAUAAAUACAAACUAAUCAAAAUAGUUGAAGAACAUGAUCAUUCCGCCCCAAAUGACAAAAGUCAAUAUUCGUCUGUCUUUUAUCGCAAAUAUUUAGAACAUUACUUCCAAACAGAUGACAAUCAAAGAGCGAUAGCACAGCUAAAUGCAUUCAAAGAUCUUGAAAUUCCUCUUACAGGUCUGUCCAUUCCAGAGAUGUACGCUCAAAAACCACGUGCAAUCAAACAAUUUGCAGAGAGAAUACAUGCUCUUCAAACUAGAUAUUCUCCUGACGAUGUUGUGUCAUUGCAAAUCUUUGUUCAGACAGUACAAGAAGAAUCUCCAGAUGAUCUCAUUGCAUUUGAAGUCUCAGACAAUAAUAUGUGUUUCUAUUACGCGCCUUUUGAAGGCAAAGCUUAUGCGCAUAGUAUCAAGACAUUUCAUAUAGACAGCACCUAUAAAUUGUUGCGAUCAAACAUUCCAUUGUAUGCAUUUACUGGCAAAAUCAAAGAUUUUCACAUUUUCCCUUUUUUAUAUUUCUUUUGUCAACCAGACACUUAUCAAAACAUUCAAGUUUGCGUGUGCGCCUAUCUCAGAUGGGUAACAAUUGAGCCAGAAUACAUUAGCAUGGACUGUGCUCCACAGAUAGCUCAAGCAAUAGAAGAAAGCAUUCCACAAGCUCAAAUACUUUGGUGCGGAGUACA